AUGAAAUUAGCUCCGAAAGUAAUAUUUCUCAUCAGAGAUUCCGAGGGUUUCGCCUCAGCCAUUUCCGGUGCUCUUCGCCCCAACCCUCCUUUCACGGUUUCCACGCGAGAUGAAUGCUUCGAGUUCUCCCUGGAGAAGUAUGGAAUCAAAGACCACAAGGCCUCCGGGAGCGUCAUUCACUAUCUCGAUGAUAAGGGAAUCUAUCUGGUUUCAGUGUUGAUCUUACAAAGUUACGAUCCUCCAGUCUUGGCAUGUGCUCUAAAUGAAGUUCUUUCACAUAUAGCAGGAGAAAGUUCACCCUCUUCUUCAAAACCCGCUAUUGUAGUCCCAUUUGUUAUUGCAUCCUCGAAGCUCAAGUGGGAGAACAAAACUCUCACUAAAACUGAUCAGUCUGUUCUUCUGCACGGUACUGCGAUGGGUCCAGAAACCGAUAUUUCUCGAACGUUGAUUGCCAAAGUCCAGGAACUGCCAUCGACUUCACAGAUCUAUUGCGAACAACUGGCCUGUUUAUUUCACUUGAUUCGCUUCUCGAACAUUCCUGCUUUUUUCCUGGUUGGACGUACCGGUCGUAUUCUUUCCAAUCAAGCUGCAGGAGAAGAGAUUCAGGUUUUUUUUUACAGAUUCUCUGUGGUUUCUUGUCCAGAUAAUGAGGGAAAUGGGUGA